CCUGAAGGUUGCAUUCACUCACAAGGGUUCGUCUUGCAGUCUACGCGGGUUCGGACAGUGCUCAACGAGAAACAGCUGAUGACAUUGAAAGCAUGCUAUGCAGCGAAUGCACGCCCGGAUGCCAUGAUGAAGGAACAUCUUGUCGAAAUGACUGGACUAAGCCCACGCGUCAUACGUGUAUGGUUCCAGAAUAAACGCUGCAAAGAUAAGAAACGACAGAUUGCGAUGAAGCAUUUGCAACAAAAAGCUGAAACGGUUUAG